GAUUUCCUCAUUUCUUUUUUUUUUCUUUUUUUUUUUUAAAUUCGACAUCAGACUGGUAUGAUGAAGACGCUCUGGGGUGCGUGCCUGCUCUACUUGGCCGCGGGCUUCAGAGCGGCCCCCGUGGAGCCCGUGGCGAAGACCGCGAGGCUGGAAGACAAGGAGCGAGAGGUCAACGUGCUCAUGUUCGGCGUCAUACAGCUGAGCGAAUCGUUUAACUACGUUUUUGAAACCACCGAGGCAAAGAUCGCCAGAAUACAUCAAACCCUGAGGAGGCACGAAGGGACUCUCCAAGACCUGGGGAGGGAGGCCGAGCACGCCGCCCAAGUGGAGAGAGAGAUGAAAGAGGUGAUACAGCGGCUUCAGGAGCAGAUGGCCGAGCAACGGGCUCAGACCAAGAUGACUAAAGACUGCCUGGCCAGCUUGGAGCAGGAGGAGGCGGAGCUGAAAACCAAAGUGCAGAAGUUGGAGAUGUAUCUCCACACCAACGUGAGCAUCAAAGAGCUGCAGGAAAGAGCAAAGGAGCAAGCGGACAUCUUGAACGGUUUACAGCACUUUACCCAGGACCAGAAGGAAAAUAUUGAGACUCAGAAUAAGAAGCUCUCCAAACUCCAGAAGAUGAGUGAAACUAUGACAUAGUUUUGCAGUUCUCCCGGAUUUCAUCUGUAUAAAAUCACUGCACUCCCUUCCAACCCCACGAUGACUGCGAUAAAACUACGAAACAGAGAAAAAAUAUUUUUUUAAUUGUCUUAUAUUUUUGUCCUUGUGGCUUUCAGUUUUUUUUUAUUGAUAUAAAAGUAAAAAAGUUUUUUUUUUUUUCAAGAGAGCCACUUAAAUAAAGCUGUUAAGUUAUUAAAGAUUGUACAGAUGUGUAAUAUGUCAAUACAUGUAUUAGAAAAGAAACAGACAAAAUGGCUUUUUUUCUUGUAUUCACACAUCUCAAAAUUUGGUUGAAACUGCGAGAAAAAAAAAGAAGAAAAAAAAGAACAGAACAACGAAUCAACAUGCAAACAAACACGGCCUCCCAGCGGGGGGGGGGGAUCGUAGCUCUGUUCCAAGGGUCACGCUACAGAGCACGUGCACACGUGUGCGGGAGAGGCGU